CUCAUCCGGGCGCACAUUCGGCAGCUCGGCUUCGAUACAGCUCCUCUCCUAUGUGGUGGCUCCCGCGACCAGCUCCUUGAACGUGAACAGUUUAGCUGAAGAGCGCUUUUCUAAAUACCACGACAAUCUCACCGACUUCGGGGGGAGUUGGUCCUCGGUUGGAUAAGGUUUUCCCGCUCCGUGCGUUGGACCCAAAUCUCUAACUAUACCAGCAAUGGAUACUUGGCUUGGCUUCUGCCCAGGCUUGCACUUAACUCUGUGUACCUGGCUUCUGAUCUCCGCUCAUACCCAGCUAAAUGCCAAGGCGGAGAUAACUUGCGCAUCGUGCCAGUCGCCGGUCCAGCUACACCUGAAGGAAUUACAGCUGGAUACCGGUACGCACGCGGCUGAUGGUACGAGGCAGGCGGCCAAAGCUCUGGAACAGGUCCGGCUGGAGUACCAGCUACUCGGAGUUACUGACCAAAAUACUGGAGUACCAAGCGACACCCAACAGGCAGGUGUUCUCGUGGAUGAGCCGAGAUUCACUGACGAUGGAGUUACCCCAAAAGUCGCUCUGGAAGAUUUAACCGGGUCUAGUGAAAACGAAGAAAGGUACCGUGGUGAAUAUAAUAUUGGGGUGGAUGAUUUGGGUAAUGUCAAGGAUGGUGCUGAGGAUGUUGCGUUACGGAGAGCGAAGCGAAGCGGUCCCGAACACCCCGAGUUUAGGGAGAGCCUUAAGACCGGUGGCCCCGGUUUAAAAGGAGAGACAUCGGAUGAGAGAAGGAGUCCUGGUCCGUUAUUGGACGGACACAGACUGGGCCGAUCCGAAUUUAAGUGGAACAGGGACGAGGGUCGAGGGAAUUCCAGAGGAGAUGAUCCCAAACUAAGCAGCACUACUUUCGCUUUGACCGGGGACUCAGCGCAUAACCAUGCAGUGGUUUACUGGUCGGGGCAAAACAGCAGCGUGAUCCUGAUUCUGACCAAACUUUAUGAUUUUCACCUGGGGAGUGUUACAGAGAGCACCUUGUGGAGAUCAACAGACUAUGGCUCCACCUAUGAGAGGAUGAAUGACAAAGUGGGAUCUAAGACUGUCCUCAGUUACCUGUAUGUCUGUCCAUCCAACAAGAAAAAGAUAAUGGUGCUGACAGAUCCUGAGUUUGAGAGCAGUGUGCUCAUCAGCUCGGAUGAAGGAGCGAGCUAUCAGAAAUACCGCCUCAGUUUCUACAUUCUAAGCCUUCUGUUCCAUCCAACACAGGAGGAUUGGGCCCUAGCCUACAGCCACGACCAGAAGUUGUACGCCUCCCUGGACUUCGGGAGAAAAUGGCAGCUGGUUCAUGAGCAUGUGAACAGGUUCUACUGGUCUGUAACGGGUCUAGACAAGGAGUCAGAUCUGGUUCACAUGGAGGCACACACCCCCAAUGGACGUAUACAGUAUGUAACAUGCCAGGCUCUAAUAUGCUCAGAGCCCAACAGAAACUACCCCUUCCCUGGAUACAUCGACAUCAGCUCACUGGUGGUUCAAGAUGACUAUAUGUUUAUUCAGGUUACUAGAGCAGGACAGGCCAGCUACUAUGUGUCCUACCAGAGGGAUCCAUUCCUCAAAAUCAAACUGCCAAAAUAUUCUCUGCCUAAGGACCUCCACAUUGUCAGCACAGACGAGCACCAGGUGUUCGCGGCAGUACAGGAGUGGAACCAAAACGACACAUACAACCUGUACCUCUCUGACACCCGGGGCAUCCUCUUCACCCUGGCCAUGGAGAACGUCAAGACCACCCGCGGCCUGGGGGGCAACCAGAUGCUGGACCUGUAUGAGGUAGCAGGUAUCAAAGGCAUGCUGAUCGCAAACAGGAGGCUAGACAACCAGGUGAAGACCUACAUCACCUACAACAAGGGCCGUGAUUGGAGGUUGCUGCAGGCCCCGGCAACAGACCUGGCUGGCAACGACAUCCACUGUAUACUGCCCUUCUGUUCGCUCAACCUCCAACUGCAGACGUCUGAAAACCCCUACCUGUCAGGCAGCAUAUCAACCAAGGCCUCAGCACCGGGAAUCAUUGUGGCCACAGGGAAUAUUGGGUCUGAGCUGUCGUACAAUAACGUUGGAAUGUUCAUCUCAUCUGAUGCUGGUAACAACUGGCGACAGAUAUUCGAGGAGGAACACAACGUCUGGUUUCUGGAUAAAGGAGGGGCCCUUGUCGCUGUGAAACAACCAACGGUCCCCACCAGACAUUUACAAAUCAGUUUUGAUGAGGGGCGUCAGUGGACCAGACACAGCUUCUCCUUGGUGCCUCUGUUCGUGGACGGGAUGCUGGUGGAGGCCGGGACAGAGAACCAGAUCAUGACGUUUUUUGGACAUUUCAGCCAUAGGUCAGAGUGGCAGCUUAUCAAGAUAGACUACAAGUCCAUCUUCAACAGGAAAUGUACAGAAGGAGACUAUCAGACGUGGCACCUUCACAACAAGGGCGAGCCAUGUGUGAUGGGCCAGAAACAGAUCUAUAUGAAACGCAGACCAGGAAACUAUUGCAUGCUGGGAAAAGACUAUGCCAAAGUCCUCUCUGCUGAGUCGUGUAUCUGUCGGGCCCACGACUUUGAAUGUGAUUAUGGCUAUGAACGGCGUAGAGAAGGGAACUGUCUACCAGCAUUCUGGUUCAACCCAGCUGUUGUAUCAAGGAGCUGCAGCCAAGGACAGAACUACCUCAACAGCACAGGGUACCGAAAAGUGGUGUCCAACAACUGCAUCAAAGGAGUUAAGGACAUGUACACACCCAGGAAGCAGAUGUGUCCCAACAGGGCUCCAAAAGGCCUUUCUCUCUCCACCAGAGAGGGCAAGCUUACUGCCGACCUGCACACCAACGUCACCUUCCUGGUGCAUCUGGAUGAGGGUGACUCAAUGAGAACCAACAUCCAACUGGAUUUCGGAGAUGGCACGGCAGUCUCCUACUCCAACCUGAGCUGGAUCGAAGAGGGUAUCAGACAUGUUUACAAGACGGCUGGGAUAUUCCGUGUCUCGGCCUUGGCGGAAAACACCCUGGGAUUUGAUACUACCACGUUGUACCUCCAUGUUACGUGUCCUGUGGAACAUGUCCAGUUGCUGGCUCCAUUUGUGGCUAUCAAGAACAAAGAAGUAAACCUAACAGCAGUGGUGUGGCCCAUCCACUCCAGGACCCUCAACUACUUCUGGUGGCUGGGGAACAGCACUGAGCCGGUGAUCAGCUUAGAUGGGAGCAUCUCGUACACCUUCACUAGCGAGGGAAUGAACACUGUUACGGUCCAAGUGUCUUCAGCCAAUGCCAUACUACAAGACACCAAGACGAUAGCAGUCCAAGAGUUCUUCAAAUCUCUGCUUUUAUCUUUCUCCCCUAAUCUGGACGAGUACAACCCUGAUGUCCCCGAGUGGAGACAGGAUGUGGGGAGAGUCAUUAAGAAGGCUCUGCUCCAAGUGUCAGACUUUCAAGAGGAUCAGCUAUUGGUUGCAGUGUUUCCAGGUGUGCCAACGGCCGCUGAGCUCUUCCUGUUACCACACAAGAACCAAUCAGAGGGCAGGAAAAAGUGCGAGGAGGAGCUAGAGCAGAUCUCUGAGAUACUUGCCAGCGCUCUGAACCAGAAUCUGGUGGAGUUUGAGCUAAAGCCAGGAGCAAGAGUAAUUGUUUACAUCACACAGCUAACUUUGGCACCCUUGGUGGAUUCCAUCCCGAGACACAGCAGUUCAGCCAUGCUGAUGCUCCUAUCAGUAGUAUUCCUGGGUUUAGCAGUGUUUCUCAUCUACAAAUUCAAGAGAAAAAUUCCCUGGAUGAACAUAUACGCGGAGGUGAACCAGGAGAAAGAGCAGGAGAUGAUUGGUUCGGUUAGCCAGAGUGACAGCACGCCUAAGACCACCUUCAGUGAGUUCUCUACGCCCAAAGAAGUCAAGGAGAAGGAGAUGGACGCCAGAGUUAAACGUCGAAUUGGAAAUGCCUGUGAGAGCACAAGGGAGAUUCCUAACUGUACUAGCGUGUAAAGCCAGGGAAGGAAUGCAACAAAUGUGUACAGACUUAAAGUAUUGCCAUUUUGAGGGUUCGCUCUUUUCUGGUUUCUUUUGUAAUUUCUCAAACACAACCCCAAUGUUAAUAGUUUUCUAAGGACCUCAUUUAUACUGAAGUGCAUGGGUGUCUUGUUUGAUAGCAUCUAUGCGGCAAAUUUGAAAUCAAUCCACUAAAUAAGACACGUUUUAAUAACAAGUAUAAGCUACAUAGGCCUACUGUAACACAAUUUGGAUUAUAAAGAAAGGUUUAAUUUUCAGUCCGUAAUUGUCUUAUUUCAUGGACUUUUCUCAAAGCCUUUAUCAAAACCUAUGAAGAGAGUUAUGUACAUUUCUUAACGUUUUAGUUUUCAUGAGGCCUAGGAGUUUUUGUCUGUAUGGGCCAUUAUGUCUAGGUCUCCGAUCUAACAGGGAAUAUUAUUGAAAUUGUACCAUAUUAUCUUUAGAUAUCUGUUAUCGCUCUGUAUAUAAUAUAUGUAUAUUUACUUUUCACACGCUUGUAGUAAAGUACAAUGCCGAACACAGGAGAUCUAGUCAUGGCCUGUUAUCAGUUCUUAAAAGUGUGUUAAAAAGCAAGAUGUUACUUAUAGAAAGAGUCCAACUUUGUUUUUAAUGAGGUCCUUGACUUGUGCAUGUUAUUAUUAAGGACGAGAUGUAUGUGUUGUAGAUAAGCAAGUGUUGUAAAUAGUUAUUUUCUAUUAAUUAAUUUUUAAAUACAGUAUAUAUAAAGACUUGCAUAUUAUUCAUUUAGUUAAUUUAUGGCUAUACGAUGUAUCUGUCUUGUACAAAGGGUUUAACUGUUAAGAUGGACAUCAUUUUCUAAAUAUUAAACCAGGUUAACACAACGCCACCCCUGCUUGAAAUGAAAUAAAACACAUCAUUGGUGGUAAUUUUUACCUGCAUCUCAACAGUUAAACACUUUGUAACAGAUGACACUUGCCAUAAACAUCAUGGGAUUAUUUCUAUUGUUUGCCCUUUGAAUGUAACGAGAAAAGUGGAAUCAACCAUUUAUGAUUCAUGGAUAUAAUUUGUGUCUGACUCAUCAAGAUGAUCCCACAUUGUUGUACAUGUCAGUUGUUAUUACUGAUGAGUAUAUUGUAUAAGGCCCAUCAGCGUGACAAGGACAAGUAGCUUCGGGGUAUUUUGCAAUUCUAUAGUUUAUCAAGUCUUUUGCUGGCAUCUGUUCAUAGAGUGUUCUAUCUCUGUAAAGCAUAUCAACUCUCAUAGAGUUUCAAGGUAAUCUUCUCAAACAUUAUCUCUCAAACAUUAUUUCCAUACAAGAAGGGAACAAAACAACUUUGUGUUGACUUUCCACUCAUCUGAUGAGGAGUCUAGAGUAAAAACUACACAAGACAAUGAUUUUACCACCAUCCCAUCCAUAUGAGUCUUAUAAAAUUUUUCCACUAUCAACACAUUUCAUCAGCUUCAUUUAGAAGUUAGAAACCAACACACAAUAGUGUACAUGCUAUCUAGUACCUAGUUUCCUCCACUCCACUGCUGUGCAAUGCAGUCCUCUGAAAGCUGUCACUAGCAGGAGUAGCAGGAGAUCCAGUCACGCACAGGUCCCUGGCAGCAGGUGUAGCCAGUCUGGCAGUAAGCGAAGAUGGGUGGAUGAUUAAGCACCGAAUUCACCAUGCCGAGUGAGCUAUCCCACAAUGCCGUGCCUGGAGUCAGCACGUGAUGACACACAGGAGAGUGAGAGGAGAGAAGGGCGGGAAUGUUUAGAGAUUGUUUGUUGCACAAGGAAAGUGAUUCCCAUGAUCGUGUAUAUACGUGUGUUCGGUAGUAAAGGAAAGAGGUGGAGCUUUUGUAUCUGUAGUCCCUUGUUACAUUGUAACUAGAUUGGUGUUACAUUCUAAUUUAUGAUUUAUCAAACUCCAUCUACAGAGGCAUUCUUCCUGACAGGACAUAACAAAGCAACACAUUGUUUUGUUGUACGUACGAUAAUUGCAUCAUCCUCACGCAUCUGACUGUCCCUAUUUUGUUUGUUGUUGACAACUCCUUUUAAUGUUCUCAAUGUCACCCCGGGUUUGUUCAAAUACUUAUUAAAAAGAAAGAUUAACGUAGUGACAGAUAACGGGAACAUUAAAGGGUUUUUUCUUUGUGUCAUCUCUGCCACCACCAGUUCCUAAGGUGACUCCUCCACUUCCUCCACUGGCAGACAAAGCUGAACUGGCUGGGCUAAAAGGUCACUCAGAGUUCAUCCACAUAUAUAAUUCCUUUUAUUUCUCCUGAAUUUCUUCGGAAGACUUUCCUUUGACAUGUAAGGCCAUUAGAACGGUGAAUUACAACCAUUCAUCCCAUGAGCCUCGAAGCUCCUUUAACCCUAUGAGCGGGAAACAUGCGUUGGCAUUUUUGCCUUGGUUGUCGAUCAUUCAACAGUGCUGUUCUUCAGACAUCCUUCAGAGGCAAGACCUGUUUUGAAAUAUAUUUUUCUGUACUGCUGCAGGUUUGUAGGGAAAGUAGUUGGGUUUUGUUACAUUUGUUACAGUUUGUGUGGUUAUUUAUUGGUGUAGAUAUUUUAUUCCGCAACGUCCGUUUGAAUAGUUUUCUCUUGUGUUCGUUGCUUUACAUAAGAUUCUAUUAAGCUGGUUUGAUUAUUUUUUGGUGCAAAUGUUGAAUAAGAUUAUCUAUGAAAUCUGAAAUGGAAACAAGAAUGUGGGAAAGGGAAAUUAAGAAAUCUUAGUGUACAUAGAUGCAUUAAUGAGGUCAGUGGAAUUUGUCUACAUUUAGGCUAUUGUUUAUAUGUGUAUUUCAUACUAUGUUGAGGUAGAAAUCGGAGUAUAAUGCUUGUAUGGAUGUCAUCGUGACCAAUCAACUGCAUAACAGUUAAAAACAACUUUGACUACCACCACCAAUUUCUGUAUAAUAGCUAUCCUACCAGCUUAUACGAACGAAAGUUAGCAUUUAGCAGUCACUUCUUCAAACCUGAAAAGGGAAAACUUCUAAAUGUUAUGCAGCCAAAACAGCAAAACAUACGCAAAUCACACUUUAGUAACCACUUAGUGGGCCUGUUACAGUAUAUCAAUCAUGAUGGAUUUGACAACUCUCUACUUUGUUUUGAUCAGAGUUGUUGAAUGUGCGCUAAUCCCCACGGUCUGUGUUCCAUUGACCUCUUUACCGCAUGUAUUAUGAUUCUAAGGGCAGACCAUUGUAACACUCCUCAUUGCACAAAUGCAUGCAUCAUCAGUACUGUUCUGUUUCAUCUUUAUUUCAAUAUUUCUACUGUUAAGAAACUGUCAUUUUGAAAUUGUUUCAAAUAAAUGUAUUUUUCUACAUCAAG